GCCUUUGCAAAUUUAAGAUCAGCUGUCUGGGAAAUUGAAAACAGGGAGAACCGAACUAUGAUGCGAAAACUGUACAACUACAUGGAAAAUACCUGGAUCGACAGCUUGCUUUGGCCUCCUAAAGUUUGGUCGGUCUUCAUGCAAGAGGUGAGAACCACUAAUGACGUUGAAGGCUGGCACACACAUCUAGCAAAUCACGCUGGACUUAGCAUUAGCAGUAAAGGCCUCAACCUGUAUAUUCUCCUCGAAGUUCUCUACGAGGAGGCUAUACAGGUUGAUAUAUACACAAAGAUGCUUGAACAGGGUCAACAACUGAGAAGACAGCGAAAAACUUUCAAAGAAUUAAAUUUAAAACUGUUUGGUUUGUGGAACGACUAUUCCAAACAAAAGAUAACGACCGCAGAACUUUUAGAACAAUGUGCAGAUAUUUAUACAAAGUUCAACGCAAUUAAAUAUGCAAAAACGGCGAACGAUGCUCGUCUCUUUGAGUUAGAGACAGAAUAG